AUGGGCGUCGACCCAUACGUGGGUUGCAACUUCGACAUCGCCAAGGAUGACUGCACUUUGGAGACGUGCUGCCUGGCGCAAUCCUACUUUCUUUACCGGCCGGACUACUCGGGGAAUCUCUUCUAUGUCAUCUUCUUCUUGGCUUUCAUCUUCCCGCAGGUCGGACUGGGAAUCAAGUACAAGACUUGGGGUUACAUGGUCGGCCUGUUCCUGGGACUCGUGCUGGAGGCCAUUGGUUACUGUUCGAGGAUCGGUCUCCAUCAGAAUCCGUUCUCGCAGGGUUCUUUCAUGCUAUACCUCGUCGGCUUGACAAUAGCGCCGGUCUUCAUCACAGCGGGCAUUUACCUUUGCUUGAGUCGCCUCAUCAUUCUCUACGGCGAGGAUCUCUCCAUUCUCCCACCAAGGACGCUCGCAGUCUCGUUCAUGACCUCGGACUUCCUCACGCUUGUCAUGCAAGGCGUCGGUGGGGUGUGGGCACAGACAGCACACCAGAAGGGCGAAAAUGCGAGACCCGGUCUGAAUUUGAUGAUCGCCGGCCUUCUUUUACAAGCCAUCAGUCUCGGCUUCUUUGUGGUCAUCGGAGCACUCUUCAUGCUUCGAGUCCGGAGAGGAAUGCCAGAUCAAAGCCCUAGCAAAGUCUUCACGCGUCGACGACCGCUUUUCAAGGCAUUCUUAGGCGGCCUACUCCUCAGCACUAUCCUGAUCCUGAUCCGGUCGAUAUAUCGCGUGGCGGAGCUCUGGGGAGGCUUCAAGGGGAAGCUAUGGAACGACGAAGCCGACUUCAUGGUUCUGGAUGGCUGCAUGAUGGGCAUUUCAGUAAUCUUGUUGACCGCAUUUCAUCCUGGACCGGCUUCCGGCGCGCAGUGGAGCGCCUCGAACUGGAGCUUGCGAGGCGACAUCGAUCCCAAGAUUGAGCUUUCGAGUAACCCUGAUAUGCCUCUCGGGCCUGAGAGGCAGAUGGUAUCGCGGUGGAAGCACAAGAGCCGGCUUUGA